CCCCAUGUGGAGCUACUCAGUAACUGCAUCGUGUUCCGGCGCUGAGUAACACGUAGUGUGAAACAUCAUCAACACCAGACGAACCACCACAAGAAACCGACAGCAAUAAUGCUUUUCUACUCGUUUUUCAAGUCGCUGGUGGGGAAGGAUGUGGUGGUGGAGCUCAAAAACGACUUGAGCAUCUGUGGAACACUUCAUUCUGUUGAUCAGUACCUGAACAUCAAGCUCACCGACAUCAGUGUCACAGAUCCAGAAAAAUAUCCACACAUGCUGUCUGUAAAAAACUGUUUCAUCCGUGGAUCUGUGGUUCGCUACGUUCAGCUACCUGCAGAUGAAGUGGACACGCAGCUACUGCAAGACGCUGCACGAAAAGAAGCAAUGCAGCAGAAGCAGUGAUUCACCUGCAGGAUGGGGUUCAGUCCGGGGACGGAACAGGGUGGGCGGGUGGUUUGGGUGGGAUUUUUUGUAACGGAGAAUAAUGAGUAGUUUAAGUUUUGAGUGGAGUUCAUUUAAAGAUAAGUUUCAACAGUUUGUGCUGCUCUUGUCAUUAAGCAGUGUUGGUCAUUAGCUCGCACUCUGUCACAGGGACUUUAAUAGCAUUCCUGACAUUGGUGAUCGAUGAUUUGUAAUAAGUAAUUAAUGGAUAUGUUCUUUACCUCACAGGCCAUAUAGGAGUCUUCAUUUGAUACUGUCUUUUGUUUAAAAGAAAUAGCACAACUUAAUACAAUUAAGAGGCCAGUAGAGGUGAAGAUCAGUUGUAAUGUUUUAUGUUGAAUGAUAACAGGCACUGUUCCUUAUCUUUAAAAAAAUUAUGACUUUGGGUUUUUUUUUAUGCCACUUAAAAAUAAAAAAGGUAUUUUAUUUAUA